AUGGAGAAACUACAACUAAAGGAACCAACAACUGUUGAAACUCAGACACCAGCGGUUGAUGGCACUGAAACACCAGCGGUUGAUGGCACUGAGGAACCAACAACUGUAGAAACUCAGACACCAGCAGUUGAUGGUACUAAGGAACCAACAACUGUAGAAACUCAGACACCAGCAGUUGAUGGUACUGAGACACCAGCGGUUGAUGGCACAAAGGAACCAACAACUGUAGAAACUCAGACACCAGCAGUUGAUGGUACUAAGGAACCAACAACUGUAGAAACUCAGACACCAGCAGUUGAUGGUACCGUGACACCAGCUGUUGAUGGCACUGAGCAACCAACAACUGCAGAAACUCAGACAUCAACUGUUUAUGGUACUGAGGAAACAACAACUGCAGAAACUCAGACACCAGCAGUUGAUGGUACCGUGACACCAGCGGUUGAUGGCACUAAGGAACCAACAACUGUAGAAACUCAGACACCAGCAGUUGAUGGUACCGUGACACCAGCGGUUGAUGGCACUAAGGAACCAACAACUGUAGAAACUCAGACACCAGCAGUUGAUGGUACUAAGGAACCAACAACUGUAGAAACUCAGACACCAGCAGUUGAUAGUACCGUGACACCAGCGCUUGAUGGCACUAAGGAACCAACAACUGUAGAAACUCAGACACCAGCAGUUGAUGGUACUAAGGAACCAACCACUGUAGAAACUCAGACACCAGCAGUUGAUAGUACCGUGACACCAGCGCUUGAUGGCACUAAGGAACCAACAACUGUAGAAACUCAGACACCAGCAGUUGAUAGUACCGUGACACCAGCGUUUGAUGGCACUAAGGAACCAACAACUGUAGAAACUCAGACACCAGUGGUUGAUGGCACUAAGGAACCAACCACUGUAGAAACUCAGACAUCAACGGUUUAUGGUACUGAGACACCAGCAGUUGAUGGUACUAAGGAACCAACAACUGUAGAAACUCAGACACCAGCAGUUGAUGGUACUAAGGAACCAACAACUGUAGAAACUCAGACACCAGCAGUUGAUGGUACCGUGACACCAGCGGUUGAUGGCACUAAGGAACCAACCACUGCAGAAACUCAGACAUCAACGGUUUAUGGUACCGUGACACCAGCGGUUGAUGGCACUAAGGAACCAACAACUGCAGAAACUCAGACACCAGCAGUUGAUGGUACUAAGGAACCAACAACUGUAGAAACUCAGACACCAGCAGUUGAUAGUACCGCGACACCAGUGGUUGAUGGCACUAAGGAACCAACCUUUGCAGAAACGCAGACAUCAACGACACCAGUGGUUGAUGGCACUAAGGAACCAACCACUGUAGAAACUCAGACAUCAACGGUUUAUGGUACUGAGACACCAGCAGUUGAUGGUACUAAGAAACCAACAACUGUAGAAACUCAGACACCAGCAUUUGAUGGUACUAAGGAACCAACAACAACUGUAGAAACUCAGACACCAGCAGUUGAUGGUACUGAGACACCAGCGGUUGAUGGCACUAAGGAACCAACCACUGCAGAAACUCAGACAUCAACGGUUUAUGGUACUGAGACACCCGCAGUUGAUGGUACUAAGGAACCAACAACAACUGUUGAAACUCAGACACCAGUAGUUGAUAGUACCGUGACACCAGCGGUUGAUGGCACUAAGGAACCAACCACUGCAGAAACUCAGACAUCAACGGUUUAUGGUACUGAGACUCCAGCGGUUGAUGGCACUAAGGAACCAACAACUGUAGCAACUCAAACACCAGCAGUUGAUGUUACCGUGACACCAGCGGUUGAUGGCACUAGGGAACCAACGACUGCAGAAACUCAGACAUCAACGGUUUUAGGUACCGUGGCACCAGCGGUUGAUGACACUAAGGAACCAACAACUGCAGAAACUCAAAAACCAAUUAUUGAUAGUACUAGGGAACCAACCACUGCAGAAACUCAGACACCAGCAGUUGAUGGUACCGUGACACCAGCGGUUGAUGGCACUAAGGAACCAACAACUGCAGAAACUCAGACACCAGCAGUUGAUGGUACCGUGACACCAGCUGUUGAUGGUACCGUGACACCAGCGGUUGAUGGCACUGAGGAACCAACAACUGCAGAAACUCAGACAUCAACGGUUUAUGGUACUGAGGAACCAACAACUGCAGAAACUCAGACACCAGCUGUUGAUGGCACUAAGGAACCAACCACUGCAGAAACUCAGACAUCAACGGUUUAUGGCACUGAGGAACCAACCACUGCAGAAACUCAGACAUCAACGGUUUAUGGCACUAAGGAACCAACCACUGCAGAAACUCAGACAUCAACGGUUUAUGGUACUGAGGAACCAACAACUGCAGAAACUCAAAAACCAAUUAUUGAUAGUACUAGGGAACCAACCACUGCAGAAACUCAGACACCAGCAGUUGAUGGUACUGUGACACCAGCGGUUGAUGGCACUAAGGAACCAACCACUGCAGAAACUCAGACAUCAACGGUUUAUGGCACUGAGGAAACAACAACUGCAGAAACUCAGACAUCAUCGGUUUAUAGUACUGAGGAAUCAACAACUGCAGAAACUCAAAAACCAAUCAUUGAUAGUACUAGGGAACCAACCACUGCAGAAACUCAGACACCAGCAGUUGAUGGUACUGUGACACCAGCGGUUGAUGCCACUAAGGAACCAACCACUGCAGAAACUCAGACAUCAACGUUUUAUGGUACUGAGGAACCAACAACUGCAGAAACUCAGACACCAGCUGUUGAUGGCACUAAGGAACCAACAACAGUACAAACUCAGACACCAGCUGUUGAUAGCACCGUGACACCAGCGGUUGAUGGUACUGAGACACCCGCGGUUGAUGGCACUAAGGAACCAACAACAGCACAAACUCAGACACCAGCUAUUGAUAGCACCGUGACACCAGCAGUUGAUGGUACUGAGACACCUGCAGUUGAUGGCACUAAGGAACCAACAACAGCACAAACUCAGACACCAGCUGUUGAUGGCACUAAGGAACCAACCACUGCAGAAACUCAGAUAUCAACGGUUUAUGGUACUGAGGAACCAACAACUAAAGAAAAUCAGACAACACCGGUUGAUGUUAGUGAGGAACCAACAACUGAAGUAACUCAGACACCAGCAGUUGGUGGUACCGUGACACCAGUGGUUGAUGGCACUAAGGAACCAACAACAGCACAAACUCAGACACCCGCUGUUGAUAGCACCGUGACACCAGCAGUUGAUGGUACUGAGACACCCGCGGUUGAUGGCACUAAGGAACCAACAACAGCACAAACUCAGACACCAGCUGUUGAUAGCACCGUGACACCAGCGGUUGAUGGUACUGAGACACCCGCCGUUUAUGGCACUAAGGAACAAACAACAGGACAAACUCAGAUACCAGCUGUUGAUGGCACUAAAGAACCAACAACAGCACAAACUCAGACACCCGUGGUUGAUGGCACUAAGGAUCCAACCACUGCAGAAACUCAGACACCAACGGAUGGUGGUGCUGGGAAACCAACAACUGAAGAAAAUCACACAACAUCGGUUGAUGUUGGUGAGGAACCAUCAACUGAAGUAACUCAGACACCAGCAGUUGCUGGUACCGUGACACCAGCCGUUGAUGGCACUAAGGAACCAACAACAGCACAAACUCAGACACCAGCUGUUGAUGGUACUAAGGAACCAACAACUGUACAAACUCAGACACCAGGUGUUGAUGGUACUAAGAAACCAACCACUGCAGAAACUCAGCAACCAGCAGUUAAUGGCACUGAGGAACCAACACUCAGCAGUUGA